GUUUAGUAUUUUUGAAAAAAUGGGUGCAAUGAUUUAACGAAACUUCCCAAAUGAUAAAGGGACAAAUUUCUUCAACUUAAGAUGAAAACCAAGGCCAUAAUAUAACGGGCAAUUGUUAACUUUGUUACUUCAAGUUUUAACUUUUCGAAUAUAUAAAAAGCCAAAUAUAUUACAGCUGAAAGUGAUAUAAAUAAAGAAGGAGCCCUGCCACACACACACAGUCAACUGACGUAUAUUUUUUGAUGUAAAAUUGAAGAGUAAACUCCUCCAUUAUUGUGAGCAAUGGGCUAUUUCCAAGUGCCAAGAUAACACAGUCGAAAAUGUUACUCAGAAAAUUCCUCAGAAAAUGUGUAAAGUGAUUAUCUGUACAAUAUCAAUAGACUACAUGGAGUAAAACAGUACAACAGUGAAGGAUAAAUUGCUUGAAAGCCCCUGAAAAUAAAACACUGCAAAUUGCAAAUACAACACUCGACCAUCGUCACAUCAUCAUCGUGGUCACAUCGAGAGGAAGGACCAGGACACUGCUCGAUAAGCAUAAGCUUCUCAGUGUCCUAAAAACUACCUUCGGAUGCUAGGUAGCAACAAGUACAAAUACAAAACACUGACGCAAUGCAAAAAGCAUCUGAAAUGGGCGAAAGUGAUAAUGAGAUACUAAGAAAACAUUAAAGUAAGCUUGAUAGUUGAUGAAGAUAACGGAAAACAAGAAAGACAUAAACAUAAAUGUCAAUAAAAAAUUGCACCAACGCAGACGCAACUGAGGGAGGAGCGUGUGAAGAACGCUGUCUACGCAUGCGCAUUUGUUCAGGAAGCAUGCCUCCAAGGCCCAUCGCUUCGAUUGUGGGAAAUUGACCCCUUGAUAGAAGUGGAGAAGGGGUGUAAAUGUUUCGAAAAGAUGGAGAUACUCUCGAAGUGGAGAAAGAGGCGCUUUUGAAUGAAAUCAAACAGAUAAAAGAUGUUCUCUAUUCUGAUCGCAGUUCAAAGAAAGAACAAAAUGACCUUGGUAUAGAAGAAUCCGAAGAUGACGAUAGCUUGUCUGAAGAUGAUUGCCAGGACGAAGAGGAUGUGGAUUCAUUUUCAUAUCAGUCAAAGGCCUCCUCUGCUUGGAUGUCACAUGUAACCUUAUCAGACGACAGUUCACACAAUAAUGAAGAUGAAGACAAGGAUCACUGUACUGUUAAUAUCAUUGAGAGAACAAAGGCUGCCCUACAGCAAGUGGAACAUCCUUCCUUCACAUCUUUAAGAUCAUCAUCAUCAUUGUUUCCAAAGAAUAUAGUUGAACCCCCAAGCGAAAAGUCGUUUACAGAAACUUCAUCCGACAGUUUUCUGAAAAUCCAAUGCAAUUCAAGGGAAGUGAUCAAUGAAGGUGCUCCUGUGUCAAAUGUAAAUCCCCAAGUGGGCUCCUUGGAAUGGGCCUUACAAUUGAACAGAGACUAUCAAGAGAUUAUUAAAGAUGAACUGAUUCGAAUUAACUGUGCACUGAGAAACAACAGAUGCAUGCAGGCUGAAGUUGAAAGCAGAAGUAAAGAAUCCCAGAACCCACACAUGUUUGGUUAUUCGUUCUUUGCAAGAUUCCGUCCAACGUAUUUCAAGGACCGCUUUGGAGAGGGACCACCAGAUAAUGAAGACAGUAAAGACAGAAGGGCACUCAAGAAAGUGCAUCCAUUUUUCCAAACGACAAAACUUUGGACAGGAAAGGAACGAAUGCUGCUUGCAGAGGGAGUGGAAAAUCAGAACCUUGAAAGGAUGACAUUAUCUCUGAAAGAACGACUUAAUCAUUUAAAGAAGGAAUUGAAGAACAACAACGAUAACAAAGUCCAGAAGGAAAUUGAAGAAGUUGAGAAGAAAUUGAGAGAUCUUCAAACUCUCCCCAAGAUCGAAUUAAGGAAGAGUCUAAUGGACCUUGACUUUGAAAGUGUUUCUCGGUUGUAUCUUCCACAAAGGACGGAAAAGGAAUGCCGUAUUAGAUGGCUGAACAUCGAACACCCGUGCAUAAAUCAAUCAAAAUGGACAAAAGAAGAAGAUACAAAACUUGUUUCAUUGGCUAGAAAGUACAGUAAUCGACAUUGGGAGAGGAUUGCUCAGGAUUUAGGGACUUUCCGAACUCCAGUGCAAUGCUUUCAGCGUUUUCAAAGAAGCUUAAACAAAGACCUUGUCAAAAGUUCGUGGACAGCAUCAGAGGAUGAAGAACUAUGCUUUGCAGUUGACGUCUGCCCUAAAGGAAGUUGGCUUCAAGUGGCGAAUAUGCUUGAAGGGAGAUUGCCCAUGCAAUGCCUGAUUCGCUAUAGGAAGGGCGUUCAACCUGGGUUAAAGAAGGGCAAAUGGACCAAAGAAGAGAAUGAGCUUCUACUCAAAUACUGCAACAUUUAUGGUGUUGGGAAAUGGAAGAAGAUAAGCCAACAUAUCCCAGGCCGAAGCGAUUGCUCUUGCAGAGAAAGGUGGGUAAAUUUUUACCACCCUGACUUGAAACUGCGAAGAAAAUGGUCGAAAAAGGAGGACGUGCAGCUUCUAGAAGCCGUUGCUAAAUACGGAGUCGGAAAAUGGACUCAAGUAUCAAAACAUGUUCCAGGAAGGACAGACAACAUGUGUUGGCGAAGAUAUAGAAUCAUUCAGAGAGAUGAAUAUGAAACAUAUCGCAUAAAAAUCCAGAAGAAGAAACAUUUGCUGAAUUAUUUUGUGCAUAGAAACCACGAAAUUCCAAACAUCGAUUUUGAUAAACUGGACGUUGGUGAACCGUCGGAAGGAAAAAAAGGACAAGAAAAGCCACAGUGUGGAUCAGUAAAAGGAGCUCCUACAACUCACAGAAAGCGAAAGAAGAGAACGCUACAGAUGAGGAAAAUUAAUGUUAAGAAACGUAAAACGAUUGUAAGUGAAAAUGGAAGCGAUGUUAAGGAAUUAGCUGACGAGGACGGUGCUAUAACAUCAGAAGAGUUCGAGGAAGAAUCCGAAGAAGAAGAAGAUGAUUGCAGAACUUCUGAUAGUGAGAACGAUAUUGAAAAGCAAAAGGAGGAAAAUGAUCCCGAAUACGAGAUGCCUGAUGAAUAUUCGUGUGACGAAAACGAAUUCCUUGAUAGCCGAUGUGAAACUAUUCUUGAAGCUGGUGAGCGUUUACUAGGUCGAUAUCAGACUCAAAUUGCAACAUACGUCGAUGUGAAAAGGGAUUUGUUCCUUUUGAAAUUGCAAAUUGACAAACUGGAAGACAGUAAAGAAAAAUCCAGGCUGAUCACUUUUAACAACAAACAGUUUAAGGAACUCGAAAACCUUCACUGGCUUCGUGACAAAAGGGAAGUUGAAAAUCUGGUUAGAUACCAGCGCUUAAAGGUUACAUACCCGUUGGUUGAUCUAAAGGACACGGUUAACGGUCCAGAAAAUCUUGGCAUUCGGCCUAUGAGACCCGUUAAUAUCGCCAACAUGCCCGGAAACUUGGGGCCUUUCACAAUCCUUCUUGAGGUAUUCAAAAUCGACUAUGCAAGUAUCAUGAAGCGUAUGCAGGCAGCUGCAGCGAGCACAUCUGCAAAUGGAAACACUACUGCCUCUAACACAACCAAUCCUAGCAGCACAGCAGGGAAUAAAAACAAAGACUCUCCACCCAUGGGCCGAAAAGUUCCGCCCUCUUUCCCCCAAAUCACCCCAAUUGCACCUAAUCUUGUCACACUAAAAGCAUUCCGCCAGCUUUUAUUGCAUCGACAGAGACUUCUACAAUUGUCUGACCACCAAACAAAAAAUCAGAACAACGCCAGCACAUCAACGGAAACAAGCAAAGUUAGUGGCCAAACUGGUGGUGCUGAGCUGAGUACCUCAAAUGACUCCAAUAGCCCUUGCAAAAGUGAUGAUCAACCAGCCGAUUCAUUUAAGGUUAUAGCCACUGAUUCUUCCAAGGGCAGUGGUGUCCCUAGCCUUUUGGAUGUGCCUGGAGAUUCUAGCGUACACUCAGUCAGUGGUGAGUCAGCUGCUAUCAGUCACAAUCCACAGGAAGGCACCGCCCUGCGAACAUGUAAAAUGAAUGGCCUACCAAGUUCGUUAGCGACAAGUCUUCAACCUUCGUUAGCAAUAAAAGACAGUCCUCAAACUAAGAAUUCCUUUAGAAACACGCAAGACUACGCGACGCUCUCAGCAAGAUUUACUGCUCUAUUCUUGUGGCCUGCUCUUCUUUCAGCACACCCUGCACGAAUUCCAGACCUGAAGGAAACCAAACUGACGGCGACUGCCGGCAAAAACGUUAAGCGCAACCCAAGAGACAGUUUUGAAGAUCUUGUUGAGGCUAAGCGAGCUAGUGUUGCAGAGGCUAGCAGAUCGGCUAUUCGCAAAAAUGCAAAUGAAAGCAGCCAAAAAAUAACGGCAACUGGUGCAAAUGCAAAUCAGCGUAACGAGUUAAUGUGGAAUAGAGUCAUAAGAGAUAGCAGCGCUUCUCAUCAACCAGAGAUGAAGACAGUGUCUGGUAGUAAUUCAAAAGCUAAAACUCAAAGAAAAACCCAAAAGGCACAAGCUCCUACAUUAACUAAAAAAGCACAAACAAAUGCAAAAAUACAAGAAUCAAUACCGAAGGAAACGAAACCAAAAAAACAAAAACCAGUGCCGAAGGAAACGAAACCAAUAAAGCAAAAACCAGUGCCCAAGGUAACGAAACCAAAAAAGCAAAAAUCAGUGCCCAAGGUAACGAAGCCAAAAAAACAAAAACCAGUGCCAAAGAAGCGUAGAAAAAUAUCCAGCAAAGUUGCAGAUUGGUCUGAAAGUGAUUUUAGUGACAGUGAUACAGAUUCAGUGAAUGGUAACGAAUGUUUUGAGCCAUGUGACCCUAUUAGAUCAAACGAAGGCGUUGCAAUUGGCAAGGAAUCUUUACGUAGCAGAGGUGUUCAAUUUUGAAUGAAUUUACCCUAGUCUUUGACAGUCUUGGAGUAAAGGACAGUCGUCAUAUCGUUUUGAAGGCGCCUCUAAUCAAUUGAUCUGCCUGUAAUUAUAGCACUGCAUUUCUUGUUUACACUCUUUUUUUUAUAAGAACAAUUUUAUAAGAACACGAGCCUCAAAACUUGUCAAAAGUUAAGAACAAAUUAAGAGCAAGCUGAGGCUGAGCUUCUGCAAAAUGCAAUUUUUAACAACGUUUUUCUCCAAAUCGAGGAUUUUUAGCGAUGUGUGGGUGCUUUUUCGGUGAAUAUUCAAAUUUGUCAGCAAAUUAAGGCUGUCUGACUCACUUUGUUGGCAAAUGAGGCCUGAACACCUCCUUAGAGCAAAAAAGCUAGCAAUAGCACUGCUUAAUUUAAGAACAAAUUAAGAACAAUCCAGCCUCAGAUUUUCGAAAAAAUUAAGAACAGUCAGCCUGAACUAAAAUUUACUGGUUCUUAUAAAAAAAGAGUGUAUCAGUCGACCCUUACAGUUGUACCCAGCCAUUUAUAAAUCUCCUGUUGUCGGUAGGUAACCAAGCCAAGUUAAGCGACAUUUCCGUCUUUCAGAUCACAGGAAAACACUGCAGUUAGAAAACAGGAGCAUUUUGAUGACCUCGAUGCUACGAGGAGGCUCGAAGAACUCAAAUCGGAGUUCGCCGAGUCUCCUCCAAUUAGGAUUUCUACCAAGAUUCUAAACAUGUUUUGACUAGCGUUUGUAUUAAGAUAUAUUCAUAAUCAAUUACAGAAUUUCAUUUGAAUCACACCUUAAUACAAGGAUGACAAUAUUACUAAUAAUUAUUGCCUAAAACCUACCUUGCUUUUUGAGCUUAUUAAAACUAUUGAAUCAUCAUCAAAUUGUAAAAAAGUGGGGAAAACAAAAUGGUGAUCCGUCUCCAUCAAAUUAUAUUCCCCACCGAUUGUUUGAUUUCUGUCAGUAAACAAGUAGAAUUUGUAUUACUUUUUAUACGUUGCAUUUCGAGUUUUCUGUGCCAGUUGUAGUUUGUGCCAAUAUAGUGUACAAAGAACUCGUUUUUCUUUUUCAUGUAAACAUAUAUUUAAAAACUGGGAUAUUUGUCAUCUUCAUUAGGGAAAUCUCAGUCAAUUCAAUUAAUCUGUUUUCUGUAUUUUUCGAUUUGUUGCCAAGUCUUACAGCAUUUGGA